AUGAGGGAGGUUAUCAGCAUUCACGUCGGCCAGGCCGGUAUCCAAAUCGGUAACGCCUGCUGGGAGCUCUUCUGCCUCGAGCAUGGCAUCCAGCCGGACGGGCAGAUGCCCUCCGACAAGACCAUCGGAGGUGGAGAUGACGCCUUCAACACUUUCUUCUCCGAAACUGGCGCGGGCAAGCACGUGCCCCGCUGCGUCUUCUUGGACUUGGAGCCUACCGUCGUCGAUGAGGUCCGCACUGGCACCUACCGCCACCUCUUCCAUCCUGAGCAGCUCAUCAGCGGCAAGGAGGAUGCUGCCAACAACUUUGCUCGCGGCCACUACACCAUUGGCAAGGAGAUCGUCGACUUGUCCCUCGACCGCAUUCGCAAGUUAGCCGACAAUUGCACGGGUCUCCAGGGUUUCCUGAUGUUCAAUGCCGUCGGUGGUGGUACCGGUUCCGGUCUCGGCUGCCUGCUCCUCGAGCGUCUGUCCGUUGACUACGGCAAGAAGUCCAAGCUCAACUUCUGCUCGUGGCCCUCGCCCCAGGUGUCCACUGCCGUCGUCGAGCCGUACAACUCGGUGCUGUCCACGCACUCCCUGCUUGAGCACACCGACGUCGCGGUCAUGCUCGACAACGAGGCCAUCUACGAUAUUUGCCGCCGCAACCUAGACAUCGAGCGCCCGACAUACACCAACCUGAACAGGCUGAUCGCACAGGUCAUCUCGUCUUUGACUGCUUCCCUCCGCUUCGACGGUGCCCUCAACGUCGACGUCACCGAGUUCCAGACCAACUUGGUGCCGUACCCCCGUAUCCACUUUAUGCUUUCUUCUUACGCGCCCAUCAUCAGCGCAGAGAAGGCCUACCACGAGCAGCUCUCCGUCGCAGAGAUCACAAACUCCGCCUUCGAGCCGGCUAGCAUGAUGGCCAAGUGCGACCCCCGUCACGGCAAGUACAUGGCUUGCUGCCUCAUGUACCGUGGUGAUGUCGUCCCCAAGGAUGUCAACGCCGCUGUCGCGACCAUCAAGACCAAGCGCACCAUCCAGUUCGUCGACUGGUGCCCCACUGGCUUCAAGUGCGGUAUCAACUACCAGCCCCCCACUGUCGUCCCUGGUGGUGAUCUUGCCAAGGUCAUGCGCGCCGUGUGCAUGAUCAGCAACAGCACUGCCAUCGCGGAGGUCUUCAGCCGCAUGGACCACAAGUUCGAUCUGAUGUACGCGAAGAGGGCCUUCGUCCACUGGUACGUGGGUGAGGGUAUGGAAGAGGGUGAGUUCUCCGAGGCUCGUGAAGAUUUGGCUGCUCUCGAGAAGGACUACGAGGAGGUCGGCAUUGAAACUGCCGAGGGUGAAGGCGAGGAAGAGGGCUACGGUGACGAAUACUAA